AAAAACAAACGCAAUGACCACCAACUCAUCUCAACUUCCGAGCAUCGAGCUGAUCUCAUUCGCGAGAGGGGUCAUUGCUGCACUCGAUUGCUGGCCAGUAUUACGUCUUGCCAUCCAAGAAUCAUGGGGAGGACCGGAUAGUGUGUCCAAGAAAAGAUGGAUUGCGUCGUCAAUUGUUGAUGCUUUCGAAAUCAGCCCAUUGGAUGAGGAAGAUGUGGAAUUGCUCCUAUUGGAUGCCUUAGUGGAGGGGUUUGAGACGGAAGUUGACGAUGGCAGCUCUCGAACCAUUGCUUGCGAUAUUGUUCGCAUUUGGCGCGACGUGUCCAACAAUCAGAUGGGCUUUGUGCUCAAGUUGGAGUGCGACGCGCAACGUCUGAUUCCGGAAAAACUGCAGGCUUCAAGACGAGCGGGAAACGGGGAUGAUGAGUGGGAGGAUGCGGAUAUGGACGAGGACGAGGACAACGGCGAGGACGAUGGCCGAGACGAAGUUGUCAUGAAUGAUCCACAAGUGCCGCCUCCUGUUUUACCCCAACCCCGAAACUUCCAAAGGAUGAUUGAUGAGGAGGGCUUUGAAUUGGAUCUCAAUUAUUGGCCCCCAUAA